AUGGAAAACUUCAUUGCAACACUCAGAGACGAUUACAAUUUCCCCGGCUUCGCUGACGCUAUGGAGGUCCAUCGCAAAAAUGUUUACAGAAUCUUCAGAGAACAGAGGUCUUGGGUGAUAGCCUUCAAAUACGAUCUAACAAUUUGGAAAGCCGUCUUUGCUGUUAGGAACCCAGACAAACACGUUCCAAAUCCGUCACUUGAACCAGUAGGACUGGUAAACGAGAUCUUCUACAACGCGAGAGCUCAGGAAGACCUCAACACAGACGACAACCCAUACCGAAAAGGUGGUCCGAAGAAUGGUAGAAAUCCUUACUCAGACAUAUUGACCGACCCCCCUACCACUCUCACAUUCACAAGACCAGUGACUGGCCCUACGCGACACUAUAUCGAGAGGAAAGAUAAAACUCAAGUAAAGAACAAUGGACCGUAUGGUAAUUACAAGGGUAAAAACUUCAACCCCAAUCAUCAAAAACCCUCCACAGACAAUAAGGGUAAGGGGAAAGAAAAAGAAACGUAG